UUUUUCGUGGCUGUUCCGUCAGUCAGCUUGGCUUUGCGUACCGGAAGUGCUCAUAUUGAACGUAAGGAAUAGGAUGAUAAUGGUGAUGCACGACGUGUAGUAGGCAGGGAAAGACAAGGUGAUGUAUGCAGUGAAAAGAAAGAAACUAUAGCAAGCCAAGACAGUGGAUGAACCCAAAAGCCAUGUUGAAAUGCAACUCCUUGGUCACAACGUUUGCAGUUGUCGUUGGGGCGUCUUUUGGCAUUCUUUUAUGGCAAGUAGUCAAAUGUAGGAAACGAAGGAAAACUGAGCGGGUUCAAAAUGGCAGUGUUCGUGUAAAUCCAAACUUUGCUCAUAUUAGUAAAGAGGAUGAUGACGAGACAUCAAAGCAGGAGCAGUUCAGAAUCCAGUUGUUGGAACAGCUUCUUCAGGCUGACUGUGUUGUCGUCUCGUCAGAAAAGGAAUGGCAGCAUGCCUACCUGUUGUUAAAGAAAGAACUGGAAGAAAUUCCUGUACUAGGAAUAGACUGUGAAUGGGACCAAAUUAAAGGAAUAUUGAAAAAUGAGUUGGAUAGAAUGAAUAAAAGCAUAUUGGAGGACUUGUUCCAACAAUAUGAAGGAUUGCGAAAUUCCAUUCACCGUGGCCUUGGUUUGAAGUCACUAGCUCAGGAUAUCUUGAACCUUUCACUUGACAAGUCCCUACGGCUACGUUGUAGUAACUGGGAAGCAGAAGAACUCAGCAAUGAUCAGGUAAUUUAUGCUGCACGUGAUGCCCAGGUGUCAGUGGCCUUAUUUUUGCAGCUAGUAGGGCUAAUGGUGUCUGACGAUGGUGCAUCCUCUUCUUUCUGGAAGCAAGAUGUCAUGGGUAGGUGCCAAGGCCUGAUAGAUAUCCCAUUCAAGGGGAAAGCUGAUGUGGGAGAAGAUAUGAAUGGAGAAGUACUCAACCUGAAGAAAAAGGCCACCAAUGUGGACAGCCAGAUUUCAUCCCAGCAGCAAGGCGCUGACCCCAGAAAACACAAACGCAAACCACUGGGUGUGGGCUAUUCAGCCAGGAAAUCACCCCUAUAUGACAACUGUUUUCUUUAUGCUCCAGAUGGACAGCCUUUAUGUACCUGUGAUCGUAAAAAGGCUCAGUGGUAUCUGGACAAAGGCAUUGGAGAGCUACUUACUGAAGAUCCCUUUGUUGUGAAGCUGAUGUUUGAACCAUCAGGAAGGCCAGAAUCUGAGAAGGACUACUACCUGAAUGCAAAAGAAAAUUUGUGUGUAGUUUGUGGUAAAAGAGAAUCCUACAUCAGGAAGAACAUAGUUCCUCAUGAGUAUCGACGCCACUUCCCUGUUCAGAUGAAGGAUCACAAUUCUCAUGAUGUCCUUUUGCUUUGUACCUCAUGUCAUGCUGCUUCCAACUACUAUGACAACAUCUUGAAGCAGCGCUUGGCCGAGGAGUUUGGUGCACCCAUUGGCUGUGAAGAAGGUGUCCGCCUGCUAGAGGAUCCAGUUCGCAGACAAGUGCGUUCUGGGGCACGUGCAUUACUGAAUUCAGAGAACACCCUUCCUAUUAGUAGGAGGGAGGAGCUUUUGGCUAUAGUGAAAGACUUUUGUAAAACGGAGCACAUAACCGAGGACAUACUGCAGGAAGCAGCUGGAUUGGAAACGAGGAUUUUCAAUGAGCUGUAUGUGCCCCAUGGACUGAAGGUGGUUCAGUUACAUGCCAAGGAUGGGCUGCUGUCCUUAAUGCAGCUGGAGAAGCGUUGGCGUCAGCAUUUCCUGGAAACCAUGCAACCCAAGUACCUGCCACUCCUGUGGUCUGUAGAGCAUAAUCAUAACAAACUGAUACGGAAAUAUGGCAAAGAUUUGCAGAUUAUUCUGUCAUGACCAGAAAGCUAAGAUGUGGGCUUUCUGAAUUUUAGAUUUUUAUUGUAAAUGCCAAGACUGAAACUUCAGAAUUGUUUUGUAAUAUUUAAGUUGACUUAUUUUUGUUUUUACUUAUUUUAAUGAACAGUGGAAUGUAUCUUGGUGCUGUUAAUGGAAAAAGGUAUUGGUGAUAUUCCUAACCUAAAGUACCUUUUAAGGAACUUCAGUGUUGAAUUAAAGAACAGACCAAACUAACUCAUAGAAUGUUUGUGCGAUAGAAGAAGAGUUGCUGCACUUGCUUUGCUUGAAUUAUGUGGAUCUAAGUAAAAAUUGAGACACUUCUAAACACAAGCAGUCGCAGUGAAAGCAGGAGAAAAUGGCACAAAGAUGCAGAAGAUUGUGACUGUGUAAGGUUACUAACUGUGUGCUUUAAGUAUGGAAAUGUAUACAGUUACGCUUGCAAUUUUAUUUUCAACAGAAACACUGGAGGUGCACUUUUUCUAUUAUGUUUUCCUGUAUGCCUCCUAACCUUCAGCCUUGCCCCUAUCAUUCUUGAGUUAAUCUCCUCAGUGUAUAAGGACUCUCCUGCAUGGCGGACAAGAGCCAACUAAAAGGGGCAUCAUACAGGCAGACACAGGAGUUUAUGCCGUUGUCACCAAUGUCUUAUAGAUAAGAGGUAAUCCAGAGGGCUGGAGUGAAGUCUGGUAUCUCACCUAUGGUCUAGAGGGUGACCGGACUAACAAGAAGCAGAGUAUAAAGGAUUAGUCCAGAUAACCUUAUUUAAGCUAGCAGAUAUGGGAGACUCUCUCUCUGAUACCCUCCCAGUGGGAGGAAUAAAGACACAUUGUUCAAGUUUCCUAGAACUUAUUAAGUUAAGUAGGUAUUCUUGGGUCUGAAUUCACUGUACUUAUCUCAUGACCAUUAUUUUAGGACAAGACCCUAAUGGCUCCCAUGCUUGGAAACUGCACUUUACCCCCACCCCCAUGACUGUGGCAUUUCAGAAGUAGGCAAGAGCAUUUCUGACAAUAGCAUUCAUGUUCUAUGUGCCUACUGCUUUUCUAUUGGGUAAAUGUAUAGCAAGAGAUGCCAUCAGUAGAUUGGGUAGUAUGAAGCCCAUUUGCCCAGUAUCUGACUGUUUUUUGCUGCUUGCAACUGUUAAAGUGCAGUUUAAAAAGUACAUAACAUUAAUUACCUUUUAGUCUUGAGUCAAGAAUAACUCUUCAGGAUGUGCAAAACAUUUUCUUUUUAUUAUAAAUCCACAUACGUCAGUGCGGGGAGAUUAUCUAUACAAUUUAAAGUCCAAGUCCCUCCAAGCAGCAAAAAUACACAGUUCUUAUUUACUUUUCUUAUCGGUAUCCUGCAUGCAGAAUACUGACGUGGUCAAAUAGGAUUUCUGCAGACCCUCGUGUUGCUGCAUCUGAAUACUCAACAGUCAUGUUUUUAUUAGAAAAACACAAGCCAUCUAACUUGUUAAUCAGUCUUGUUUCCUGACCUUGUACAUUUUAGUACCAGUACAUUUCAACUCCCCAACAUUCCUUUUAACUACCCAUCCCAGCCUGGGAAGGUUGGAGCUUACAAUACAGUGUGUUCGUUCUUGCUUUCAGAAACCAAUCUUUCUAACAUUCUUAACCCCUUCAGCACUACUUUCUUUUUACAUUCAGUCAUCUGGUAAUACACUUGGCAGCUUGAUAUUAAAAUGUAGUUGUGAAACACUCAGAACUACAAUAAGUAUUAGUGGUUUGCAUGACUAUGCAUCUAUACUGCAUAUCAUUUUUAACAUGAACAAAUAUUAAAUCAUUCAUUAAACAUA